GACGAAAUAAUAAAGUUUAGUACAGGCAACAGCUGCUUCAAGUGUACGUUGAAACGUUGAAAGUUGAAAACAAAUUAAUAAUAUUGUGGUCUGUGUCUGUGCUGUGGUCAACAUUGUGAAGUGAAUCAUUUUACUUUCCAAUUUUUGUUGAAGGUUACUUGCCAGGAAAUGAUAUUUUUCUACAAUUGAACAUGAUGUCUUGGUAGUAAAUUUCUUGAAAAUGAAGUUCCCAAUCUUGAUACUUGUGUUAUUGCUUGGCUGUGAUGGAGGCUACAUUCCCCCGGGACCCAAAUAUCCGUGUCCUCCAACUUCUCAGCUCCUCUAUCCAUGUGAAUGCACCAAGGGCACGGAUCAGGGUCUCUUCAUUAGUUGUGAGAACACCAAUCUUGCUUCAUUGUCUGUAGCAAUGUCUAAUAUUGUUGCGCUGCAAUCACCCAUCGAGGAAUUGAAAAUUAUGAAGUCGCAAAUAGGAAGAUUGUAUGGAGAACUAUUCUAUCCAUUAUCCAUGCGAAAAUUGAGUAUAGAAGAUACUCCAAUUUCGUCAGUUGCACCACAUAUAUUCUAUGGCGUUAAUAAGACCAUGAAAGAGUUACAUAUAAUCAAUUCUGAGAUCGCCGAGUUUCCUACUGUUCCAUUCCAGGAUCUCGGAAAUUUGUCGGUUUUGAUCAUUGAAGGUCACAAAAUGAAACGAAUUCCUACUGAAGCGUUUGGUUCUGGACUGUUGGCCACUCAUUUGGAAGAGCUUAGACUGACGAAGGGAGAAUUAUCAGAGAUUCCUCUCGCAGCUCUAGCCCCCUGCAAAAAGCUCAAAAAACUCGAUCUGCAAGGAAACCACCUGUUUACACUGCAGAAAAACCAAUUCAAAGGCCUGAGAGAUGUUGAGUUGCUCGAUCUCUCCUUCAAUAACCUGACAAAGUUGGAUGGAUCAUUCUUCGGCGAGCUUAGCAAAUUAGGAUGGUGCAACCUUUCGCAUAAUGCUCUAACAGAUCUUCCAAGGGGUGUCUUCGCUCGUAAUAGUGUACUGAAAUCACUGAAUCUCGCUUAUAAUAAGCUAACCAAAUUGGAUUCCAAUAGUUUCCGAGGAAUGAGAUUUAUUAGGCGGCUCUAUCUAAGUGAUAAUCUCAUAUCAAACGUUGGUAGAGGUACAUUUGGCACCAUGGCUCGUAUUGGUACCAUUGAUUUGGCGCGGAAUAAGCUGAAGAAAAUUGACUUUCAAAUGUUCCACGAACUGCGAUACAUUGAGGUUAUAGACGUCUCCGAGAAUAUGGUAGAUGAAAUAGAAGGAUUUGCGUUCAAAGAUCUGUACCUAGUCCACAUGAAUCUGUCGCACAACAAGAUUACAAAAAUCAAAAAAGAUGCGUUCGUCAACUGCGCUAAUAUAACCGUGCUGGAUCUAUCCUAUAAUAAACUGGAGGAUAUCCAGAGCAAAGCAUUCGAUGAGAUCAGUUACGCAACAGAAUUGCAGCUUUCCUUCAAUUUAUUGACAGAUCUUUUACAGGUACCUUUGGCAAACAUGACUGGGCUGAAAAUUUUGAAUGUCACCAACAACCGUUUGACAAAAAUACCGAAAAACACAUUCCCAAAACUGUACGAGCUGCAUACAAUCGACGUUAGCCGUAACUUCAUCAAAGACAUAGCAGUUGGUGUUUUUCAAACUUUGUUCGGACUGCGGUGGCUCGAUUUGAGCUACAACAGUUUGAACGAGAUUCAAAGUGGUACGUUUGGUACAUUGCCCACUCUAUUGUACAUGAAUCUAGAACACAAUCACUUGGAGAAAAUCAGCAACGCAGCUUUCAAUAGACUCACAUCCCUGCGUACUUUGAAUUUGAUGAAUAACAGCAUAUCAAAGAUAUUCGAGAUACCUAUCUCCCUUGCCAAACUGGACUUGAGUGAGAACUCAAUAGAAGAAAUGCCGCCCUCUACUUGGCCAUCGAUGAACUCGCUACUGGAGCUGAAUCUCAGCAACAAUAUCCUAGGAGACAGCCUUGAGUCUGGCAGCUUCAGUCAUCUGCUCACGUUGACAAAACUCGACCUCAGCUUGAAUGGUAUCUCACUGCCACCAUGGCAAAGUCUUAGCUCUCUUACAUCGCUGCAAUGGCUUUCUGUUAAGAACAACGAAUUGGAGGAGCUUGGAAAAUCAGCAUUCGGCACUCUACCUAUAGUUUUAAAUCUGGAUCUAUCGUACAACAAGAUAGCUAACGUGAGUGUGAUGGCCUUCAAUGGACUGCUGCAACUCCUACAUUUGAACAUGUCUCAUAACCAACUCCAUCAUCUCCAUAAUGGUGUAUUUCAAGGUCUGGUGUCUCUCCAAUUGCUGGAUUUGUCUCAUAACAUGUUGGAAUCUCUUGAUAACAAAACUCAUAGCGUGUUUGAAGACUGUUUGUCUUUGGAAACUUUGAACAUGAGCCACAACAGAGUAUCAUUUGUGACAAGAAAAACAUUUCCCAGCAAUCCAUGGGUGCCAUACAAAUUGAAAGUGAUCGACUUGAGUCACAACAACAUACCUGUUCUAUCUUUCGAUUUCACCUAUGGAACGAAGAAAGUCGUUAGUCUUGAUGUCAGUCACAACAUGAUUGAUGAAGUUCGAAGAUAUGUUGUUGGUAACCUGACAUCCCUGCAAAAAUUAGACCUAUCCAAUAAUGAGAUUACUGAACUUCCUACAGACGUAUUUAAUUUACAAGCGAAUUUAACAUCGCUGUCGCUAGCCAACAAUCAUCUACAUGCACUACCCGUCGAUAAAUUCAAGCAUUUGACUUACAUAGAUGUCAGUAAUAAUGAAAUUGAAAUGGUUUACAAUGAGAUUCUUGACUCUGCCAAGAAAGGGUCCAAAGUAUUCUAUGGGGGUAAUCCAAUGUUGUGUAACUGCUACCUGAGGCCACUUAAACGCUGGCUUAAAAGUAAAAUAACUCCGGAUGAAACUUGGAAAAAUGUGACUUGUUCUUUUCCUGAAGCUUUGGCUAACAGAACUAUUUUGGAUUUGACCGAGGAAGAACUGUCAUGUGUUGAAGAGGUUACUGACUCCGAUUUCCAAUUGACACCUGAUAUUAUGUUUCGAUCUUCAAUAAGGACUCAUCGAGAUUUCCAAAUAUCAUGGUUUGUGAAUACGAAAGAAGAUAUUUCUGAUUUCAAAAUCUUAGUUCGAGAUAGCGCAACAAAAAUUACCCUACAGGAGAAAACUCUUAGCUAUGAAUCAAGAUCCACGGUUUUGAAACAUCUUCCUGAAUCUCAGGAUUUGGAAGUGUGUGUACAAACGCUGAGCAGCCUAGGUGUAGCAAGGCCAUUGAAACCAGGGCAGUGUGUUACAGUUCAUGAAAGUGCUACUUCAGGAAUUGCGAGUAUUCAUUGGUCUUAUCUAUCUCUGGUCGUUCUCUCCUCUAUCUCGACAUCGGAAGUUAUAUUUUAAUCCAACCAGCCACACUUACUUGAGAAUGCAUUCCAGAUUGGCGAUGAACAUUAAGAAUAUUGAUAACUCAGCAUUUUUUAUUUUUUUUAGUCUACUACCUUCUUUGUGAUAAAAAUGAAGAAUAUUGAUGACUCCGAGAUUUCAUAAGUAGACUGACUUCCUUUUUAUUCUGCUAACUUGAUUUUUUAAUAUUUUCAAUAUUUUUCCCGUAGUCUUGCAUUUUGUAUAAUAUACUUGGAUGCAUUACUUGACAAGUCUACUGGAGGUAAUUCACUUUUAAUUUUCUUUUACUUCUAGCGCACAUUGUUUAGGCUUUGACUGGUUGACUCACAACCAGCGUUAUAUUUCAAAUUCAUACUGAACAUUACAUAUUUUUAUUAUUUUUCGAUUAUGUGCAAUAAUUAGAAUAGAGAUUAACAAUUUAAGUGGGGUUUAAUCUAUCCAUUUUAUAUGGUUAGUUCAUGGAUCAAUCCACAUUCUUAAUUUAUUGAACUACUUCGUAUUGUAGUGUCAAUUAAUUUCUUUGUUUACCAUCAAGUAUUGU